UCCAAUCGAUUCGCAGUUCGCAACGAUUAGUGUGCAGUGCACUCGGGCUGUUUAUGCUGAAAACAAACCCAGUACUGACCCUUUGGACGGGCGGUUUCGUGAAUGAAUAGUAAUUUCGCGAAUGCAGUUCGCGAGCGUGCGGGCGCGGCAAUUAAACUGCCUCAAUUAGACAAUCGGUGAAACUGCACUUCGCGAAACAAACGUCCCGUUUACGUUGCAGUACCGUAGCAGCAGUUGGGAAGAUCGUUUAAACCGUUCUAGUACAAGUGUGUUUAUGGAGUGUUGGAUUUAGUUGAUUCCAGAAAUUCUUUAAAACCGUGUGAAUCUUGCAAAAUAUGACAAUUAGUUGAUUUCAAAAUGAAAACCAAACUACAAAUCUCGGCGUUGAUGUUGGCUUUGCUGAACUUUGCAAAUGCCGGUGGUCCUCGGUGUGUGGCCAAAUUUGACCACGGAAUCGGCGUGGGACUGCUCAAGGAAACGUUUACCAACCGGUUGUACUGUGCGUACUUGGGCAUUCCUUAUGCCCAGCCACCGCUGGGGGAGCUAAGGUUUGAAGAUCCCGUCCCUUUCGUCUUCGACGGAUCGGCCAGGUUUGACCAGGUGGCCAACUCGUGCGUCCAGGACCUGAACGGUCGCAUCGUUGGCAGCGAGGACUGCCUCGGCCUUAACGUGUACACCACGUACGUCCGCGUCAGCAAGCGGCCCCGCCCCAUAAUGCCGGUGCUGGUGUGGAUCCACGGCGGAAGCUUCACCGAGGGCUCGUCCGAAACCGACAUCUACGGGCCGGAGUUUCUGCUGGACGAGGAUGUUAUCGUGGUUACAUUCAAUUAUCGGCUGGCCUCGUUCGGCUUUCUGGGCGUCGAUGAUUUAGACAUUUCGCCGAAUCUGGGCUUGCGGGACCAAACGGAGGCCCUUCGGUGGGUCAGUCGUAACAUUAGGCGAUUUGGCGGUGAUCCGAGACGGGUCACGUUGGUUGGGUGGAGUGCGGGUUCGGCGGCAGCCACGUACCACCUCUACUCGGAGGCAUCGAAGGGAUUGUUCCAGCGAGUAAUAGCCAUGAGCGGGACGAUGAGUCAACCGUGGGCGUACAAUUUCAAGGCGGAGUGGUGCAGCAAUCAGUAUCUCAAGCAAAUUGACGCCACCACCAAGGAAGAGCUGAAAGCGCGCCCUGCGAAAUUUAUGGUCCCGAUUGAUGGGCUCAAAUUUUACUACUUCACAGUCAGCUACGAGUGCUACAUGCCGAGCGGAGAUCCGAUUUAUGCUCCCCGGAAUGCGUACGAGCUGGUCAGGACGAUGGCCCCGGUCAGCGACGUCCCGCUGCUUGUCGGAAGCACCGCGGUUGAGCACCAGAAUCUAUUCAAUCAGCGUCGAUUUGAUAUGGCUCAAUCCAAUUAUCCAAAUGACAACGCCACCACGUACGAGCGGCUCGUGGACUAUCUGGAACGGCGCCGGGGUGGAAAUCGGACUGCGGCGACCUUCUACCGAAAGCUGGCGAGCUUUGCUGACUUCAGUUACGGCCUGCAGUUCUUUGUGGAGCAUGCCUCGCGCCACUUUCGCGCUCCCAUCUAUCGGUACCAGUUCGCGUUUGAUGGCCCGUUCGGGUAUGCCAAAAACGUCUACUACAGGUCAUCGAUUGCACAUCGGAUGGCCGGCGCCAUGCACGGCGAUGACCUCGGGUACCUGUUCACACCGUACAACUACCGGAGCCUUGUUACGGAAGGCCGUCUCAACGACUCGCUCAUCCGAAGAUCGGUGAAAACGCAACGCCGCAUGGUCCGGCUGUGGACCAACUUUAUCAAAACCGGAAAUCCAACGCCCAACAAUGGCCGAAUCAAUCAGACAAUAUGGCACCCAUACAACGACCGGACCAACCCCCAGCAGGCCCGCAAGUACCUCAACAUCGACCGGCGGCUCCGGCUGGUGCGGGACAAGGUUCCGGCCAAUUACUACUUCCGGCUGUGGCGGACCGUUUUCGACUGUCUGUACUACUUCGAGUGUGACUUUUUGUACGACGGGGAUGUGGAGAGGGAUAAUGGGGACAAAAAAUAGAAUAAAAUAUGUCAGUUAUGUACAGUCGACUCUCUGGCUGUCGAUCUUCUCGAUAUCAAUAAUGCUCCAUGUACCGAUGAAUUCUUCAGUCCCUUCAAACUGCAUACUUCGAUUGUCCUUAUUCCUCGAUAUUUUCUCUUGCUUGAAGGAUCCCUUCCUCGAAGGUCCCUUGGAUUCUAUUUGCUUUAAAUAUCUAUUCCGGUUGUCAAUAAUUUCACUUUCUCAUGGCUUGCAUAGACAUUUUUCUUUGAGAAACGAAGCUUCGAAGGGUGUUUGACAUUUAUUUGUUUUUGUUUGCUGGACGUUGCCAUGAUUCUCUCCUAUAGAGCUUUAUGACGUUUCGCGUACGCACACUAUCGCACCAUUUGGUUUUGCUGGCUGACAAAAUUUAACCUCACUUUAUUUUCGUGUACGUACACGCAAUACAUACGCACGUAGAAUGCUCUAUAGCUGGUCAGCAAGAAAAAACUAAGUAAUUUCAAUCGAGUCUUCAUUUUGCAUCGAUCUGUUAACUGAUGCUUCUCUUCCUCGAUGGUCCCUUGGAUAUUGACAACCAGAGAGUCGACUGUAGUUUAAUAGUGCCCGUGAAGCGAUUUUUUUUUAAUUUUCAGUAUUUUUAAGGGGAAACGGGACGCCAGUUCUUGAUAAACUUCUGUUCAACUUAAAUCAAUAUUGCGGAUUUCAAAGAUUUUUAGACAAUCGUGCAAGUUGUAAAAAGCUCGCCAACAAAAUGCACACCUCAAAAUACAGCAGAAAAAACAAUCUAAGACACACACCCUAGUUUGAAACUGUUCUAAAGUGGUCGCAAGCAACAAAGCUCAGUCGAGACACGCACCACUGUAGGCGAGCAAGGGGGAGAAGGGGUAUGAUUUCAAGUGUGCAAAUAUUCGGUGUACAGUUAUGAUUUGCACGGGGGAGAAUUUGGUGCAAAGUGUGCAAUAUCUUAAAUCGAAAGAUUGCUUGCAGAUCUUCGUACAUUACGGCAUUUUCCUUGAAGGUGCUUCCAAAAAUUCAAGUCGUGGUUUCAAUAUGGCGCUGCCUUCCCUUUUCAUCUUAAGCCAUUGGAAAUCUGUAUCCUUUUUAAAAAGGAAUAGGUAUAAACGAUUGAUACUGUCGGAGAAAGUGAUCUACUUUCUGCCAUUUCAAUUACCGACAUCACAUUCAAUACCCACCUUUUUACUUUCUAGUCUUUAAGAUACUACUAUAUUUCCGACCGAUCAACAGAUGUGAUGGUUGAUUUGAGCAUGAAUAAAAACUUCAAAAUACACUA